AUGGAUGUCAGUUAUCAGUUUCCUCUUGUUAAUUCUGUUAUCUAUCUAUCUAUCUAUCUAUCUAUCUAUCUAUCUAUCUAUCUAUCUCAUUUUGUUCAUAUCUAUAUCAUUCUGCUCAUAUCGAAUCUAUCUAUCUAUCUAUCUAUCUAUCUAUCUAUCUCAUUUUGUUCAUAUCUAUAUCAUUCUGCUCAUAUCGAAUCUAUCUAUCUAUCUAUCUAUCUAUCUAUCUAUCUCAUUUUGUUAAUAUCUAUAUCAUUCUGCUCAUAUCGAAUAUAUAUAUCUAUCUAUCUCAUUUUGUUCAUAUCUAUAUCAUUCUGCUCAUAUCUAUCUAUCUAUCUAUCUAUCUAUCUCAUUUUGUUCAUAUCUAUAUCAAUCUGCUCAUAUCGAAUAUAUCUAUCUAUCUAUCUCAUUUUGUUCAUAUCUAUAUCAUUCUGCUCAUAUCUAUCUAUCUAUCUAUCUAUCUCUCUAUCUAUCUAUCUCAUUUUGUUCAUAUCUAUAUCAUUCUGCUCAUAUCUAUCUAUCUAUCUAUCUAUCUAUCUAUCUAUCUAUCUAUCCACACAAUUCUUUAUAUAUCUAUGUCAUUCUACUCAUAUCUGUCUAUUCUUCAGAGGCACCUCUAAAUAUAAACAUCCACAUUUACAGUAG